CUGAGGCACUGAGUGAAGAUCUGUUUGUGGUAUUUUUCCUUUUCGAGGGGUGAAGGUAAUCGCUUUAAGUUUUCCGACAUGGUUGGGAGGGAUUUUGCAUAAAUACAAGGGAUUGUAACUCAUCCGCCAUGUUGUUAACAGGGGUGGCCCUUCCGGUAUUAUCAGCAGCGAUGUUGCUAAUAGGAUGGUUUGCAUAUCCUUAUUGACAGUGGCGACGAUGUCAGACGAACUGGCCGAAGGGGAAGAAACCGAAGACUACUCGGUUUUCGAGAACAAGACCGGAUUGGCUGAGGACAUGAAGUUCUUAGCGAGUAUGCCCGAGCUGUGUGAUGUAACUUUCCUCGUCGGAGACACCAGGGAACCCGUCUGCGCGGUGAAGGCGGUUUUAGCAGCCAGAAGCAGAGUUUUCCACAAGAUUUUGUAUGGGCAGCAACAGCAGACGCCAGCUAAAGAGUCUCUUGCAAAAAAACGAGAAUCCACAAAAGAAACUAAAUUAAAGAUGUUCCUCAAGCGCAGCAGUGAACCCAUUUUAAACGUUCCAUUCCCUCAGGUCCCAGCUGGUGGCCACCAAACGCUCAUCGUUGAAGAAUUCGAGCCAGACGUCUUCCGACAAUUAAUCGAGUAUAUUCACACAGGAUGUGUCACCUUACAAGCCAGGACGCUACUGGGACUCAUGAACGCCGCUGACUAUUACAGCUUGGAUGAGCUGAGAAAAGCAUGUAUGGGUUUUGUACAAGCUUGCAUCAAUGUCGAUACAGUAUGUGCUCUACUCGCUUCGGCUGAGAAGUACAUUCAGUACAAGUGCACAAAAUCUCUUGUUCAAAAGGUUUUAGAAUUUGUAGACUCUCAUGGCGAUGAUGUACUGAGUCUAGGUUCCUUCGCCCUUCUUCCAGAACAUGUGGUUCGAUUGAUUUUGUCGCGGGAGGAGCUUCAAGCUGACGAACUAACUAAAUUCCAAGCUGCUGCACAUUGGAGUCGACGGUACUGCGAUAAUGAACCAGGUUCCGAUCUCAGGGAGGUCAUGUCCAAUUUCCUCGAAUGCAUAGAGUUCUAUAAGAUCCCAGCUGGCGUCCUUAUGAGAGAGGUUCAUCCAUUAAAUGUGGUACCAGAUUAUGUGAUUAUGAACGCUCUUGCCUAUCAAGCGGAUCCCUCAAGCGUGGACUUCCGGAAAGUGGGGUCGCCAAACAGAUUCAGACGAAUGUCAUUAAUGACUUUGCCCAGCCAGGAGCCCACCUCUUUGCUCACUGAAAAAGUGGCUCCCAUUCCAGAAGGAUCCGCCCAAUCCUCCACAACAACAGAAGGAUCCACGCCAGAAUCUGAGAAGAAGACCAGCCGCUUCACCAAAUCGACUCGGAUUAGGUUGUACAAAAGAAGCAAAACUCUGGCUGAGAGUUAACCCGAAAGGUAGUUAUAGGGUAUUAAAAUACAUAAUCGUGGUACAUCUGUCAUGUCUUGAAAUCGGAUUGUUGUACAACUAUGCAUUCGGUCCGGCUCAGAAUGCCAUUUUGUGAAUUCUGUUCGUGUGCAAAACGGUCAUUGGGAGAAGAAGAUGAAGCAUUUUACUUGACUAGUCAUAAGCAGGAAGAUAAGGUGCAAUUUAGUUUAAAAGUUUGCGUAUUCAACGAAAAUAUUUUUUAAAUUCCAAUUAUACUUCCGAAAAAAAAAUCAAAAGAGCUUGUUAUUUCACUAAGCGAUGACAUAAAAUUUCUAAAAUGAGUCGGUAUUAGAAUUCUUUUAAAGCAUUACCUUUAAAUUCUUCUAUGUAGCGUAUUUUAAUAAGGGGUUGAUAGACGACUGACUUUUUAUGAAAAUUAAAGACAUUGCGCUAAACAGAAAAACUAAUGAUGAAUAGCUGAAAACUCGGGCAUUUAUUUAAUUGCCAAAGCAUUUAACAGAUAAAAGCCUUACAAUAUGCUAUUUAAUUAAACAGUGAAAAGAAUUUUUAUAGCAAAACAUAUAGUUUUAUGGUUUUUUUAUUUCAAAAACUUAACUGAAGCCGAAUGAAGUGCACUAAAAAUUUGCUUUGAGGAAAAUAUAAAUGAAACAAAAUAGACUGAAAUAAGUAACUGAACACUGAAAAUCAUAUUUACUUUAAUAUAUAAAGAUAGAUUAGGCAUUCAUGCUAAAAAUUAAGCAGUUUUUUACUCGAACAGAUGUGCAAAUUUACAAACAGGGAGAAAAUCAUUAUGUUUCACAUAGUAAAUGCUGAAGAAAAAAAUCACACAUUAAACAUGAUUUUAAUAUCUGAUUAAACAUUAAAACAUCGCAAAUGAUUUAAUGAUUUAAUAUGUGGUUUUAUAUUAAUCUAAAAUCACAUAUUAAACAUUUUUUCCAUGUUUUGAUAAAAAAUUUCAAGGUUUCUUAGAAAAGGGUCUGAUAGGUAUAGUUAAAUAUUUUUUUAAAAAAUCAUUAUUAGUAAUGCGAUUAUUUUAAGACAGCUUCGUAUAAUAAUAAAAAUGAUAACGAUGAUAAUAAAUAUAACAUUAAACAAACUUCAGAAUUUCAUUGGCUUUGAUUUUAUUGAAAACAUUUACCAGCUUUGAGGGAGGGAGGUAUAUGAUCCAGUUUCGUUAAAAUUAAAAAAAAAAAAAUUAACAAAAGGAGCAAGGUCGUGUAUUAUUAUGUAAUCUACAUCUUAAAAAAUAUACAUAUUGCUUUCCUUUCCAAAUUUUACAUUGUUUAUGGGGAAACUAACCGCAGUGAUCAACAGACAGCAUGAAGUUGAUUACAGUCAUGAAUUCAAAAAAUAUUUUUUUCUUGUAUUUGCAAGGAAGAUCACUUGUUCUUGUUUUAAAACAUUUCAUUAACCAUUUUGAUUUUCAUACACUUGAUAGUUCAUGAUUAUCUAUUUUCUCUUAAAGGGGGCUUAUCAUUUUAAACAAAAAGAAAUUCUUUACAUAAACGCCAUAAUAUUUAAAUUGAAGUUUCAUCUCUGGUAUUGAUAUUAAAUGAACACAUAUAGAAAUUAUACAGUUAGGGUUCCCGUUUAAUGAUAAAAUGUUGUUGCAGUAAAUUCCCGGAUAAAAAUGCUUGCAAUUAAAAAUAAAAGCUUACAUUAAUAACGUGAAAGUGAAACAAUGGACAAAAUUGUUAAAAUUUUAAAAUAUGAACUUUUCAUGUCGUGAAACUUAAUCAGAAAAUUGCUGGAUGACAGAAAGAAAACAGUUGUAAAUUUCUGAGGUUAAACACAAUGUUAAAGAUAACAUUUUCUACGCUUAUUUUAUAUGUACUAUGAUGAACAGUUUGAUGUGUCGAUGCAGUUAUAAAUAUCAUUUCAAGGCGUUACUGAUGCACAAAAUAGUGAUUUACAUCACGAAGCACUUUGUACAGUAUAGGGUGUCUAUAAUAAGCCUCGCCGCCUAUAACACUAAUUAAUGUUUCAGCCUACAGAACUAAUGCUUCAGCUUAUAGAACUAAUCAACUUAUCAGCCUUGGUUUCAAAUUGUACAUAUCAAUGGGUGCUCUCAAAAAUUUCUGAAAAUAAUUUAUGCAUGAUUCUUUCGUUUGAAUGGCAAUAUCAAAUAUAUUCUCUUCCCUAACUGAUGUCAGGGAUGAUUGUGGACAUAACAGAAGAAAUGCUAUGUCCACAUUUCUUCAUGUCUUAUAUGUCUUCAGGUAUUCUAAGUUACUCAUUUCCUAAUUGCGAAGAAUCUUGCUCUUGAAAUUAAUUUAGCAAGAAACAAAACUCAAGUAACCUAAGCUCAAACAAAUUUUAGUUUUUAAAAGUCAAAAAUCCUGCUAAGGAAUUAGUCCUCUACGUUUAAUUCAUUGCAAAGGAAACAAAUUUUAGAUAGUUGCAGAACUUUAAAUGCACUGCAAAACUUUGAGAAAAUUUCGAAUGAAAUUUGCAGAGUUACCUCGACGUACACAAGCUUUACGUAAGAAUCAUUUCCAAUAUUUCCCCAUUAACACUAGGGAGACGCCAUGUUGACACCCUAUACUUUUCGGACCAUUUGUUUCUAAGUCUAGAAAAUUUAAGAAAUUGGAGAAUGCUCCCAUUAGCCUCCUGAGAGGUCUAACUUAACCUAAGAUAUUUGAAAAAUGUCGUCAUUAUUCUUAUAAGAAGUGUCGUGUUUAUUCGUGGUUAAACAUACUUAGAUGCGUAAAUUUCGGAUUUCUCACAAUGGUGUAGAUAAACAUUACGACUUUGGACGUGCUGAUUUUGUUAUAAAACAUUGGAUUAUGCAUCUACUACGAUCAUAAUGAAAACAUACAGAUUAUAUCUUGGAUAAACACGCGCAAAAUCACGGAACAUCUAGGAAAUAACACCAAUAUGAAGUCUAAACAGAAAAAUUGUUGACGUCUUUCACUGGGUCUAGAAAUAGCAUGGAGGAUAAUUAGUGUAGGACCCUAAAAUCUAAUUGCUUCCUCACUCAGAUAUAAACAAAUAAUAAAUCCAUCAAAAUUGCGUUGUAAACUAUCAAAUGUGCCUGCCCGUUACAGACAAAUAUCCUGAAGAUCAUGUGAAUUAUAGCACCCAGGUAUUAACUAUAUAUUAACCAUAAGAUGCUGAACGCUUACUAAAUUAUAGAUUCUAGUAAUGCUUAAUCCAAGGUCGAAACAUUUACAGUUUAGUUUUCAUAUAUUUCAUACAGUGUUUGCUCAAGACUUUCUUUUAACUUGAAGAAAGAGAGGCUAUAAGUAAAGGCGCGUUAUUCUAUAUAUUAUAAAAAUGUAUAAUAUUUGCGCA